AUGACCAAGGACCUUGUCAGUCAGGCACAGCCGUCGACUAUGGCCCCUCCGCUGACCUUCUCUAGAGCUUCGACGUCUACUUCUCCAAUGAACAAGCCCACACCCGCUUCGGGGACGGCAAAACCCUUGCAGAACAGUGCGUUGAAUCUCAUCAUCACUUUGUUUAAGCUCCAGACUGACCGUGUCAUCCAUAGUCUCCGUGAAAUCUACGAAGGCGAAGACCUCGUCUUCCCCGAUACCUUUGAGCACAGCGACACCUCUCCCCCGGUGCAGUACUUGACGUGGGACUCCCAUCAUAAUCCCUCCUCCUCUACAGCCAUACUAAUUAGCCACAGCGUCGAAGCGCCUGACGAUAUGACUGUCGAGGAACUUUACGAGGUAGAGGUUCCUCCUGGAUUGAUGGUGAGGAUUGAGGAGUUGCCGCAGUAG